AGUGACGUGACUGUAAGAAGCGAGGGGUUUAAUAGUUGUUUGCCAGAUGUAAUGGAAGUGGAUCAUGGGCGAGUUGUUGCUACGGCGAUUUUCCUGAAUGAUGAGGUUCCCACAACAGAAGUACUUAUUACUACAAGUCAUGAUAAUGUAGCAAGAGGAAGGAGGAGGAGUGUCUAUGAGCUAGAGUGUAUACCUCUUUGGGGCACAGUGUCAAUCUGCGGUGAAAGGUCUGAAAUGGAGGAUGCUGUUAGAGCAUUACCUCAUUUUCUCAAAAUACCUAUCAGAAUGCUUAUGGGGGAUCAUGAAGGGAUUACUCCAACCGUCACAUGUCUUACUAGUCACUUCUUCGGUGUAUAUGAUGGCCACAGAGGCGCUCAGGUUGCUGACUAUUGCCAUGCUAGAAUCCAUUUUGCUUUGGUUGAACGGAUAAAAGAGGAAUUGUGCAAGAGGAACACUGGUGAGUAUAGUAGGCAGGUCCAGUGGGAGAAAGUCUUUGUAGAUUGUUACCUAAAGGUCGAUGAUGAGGUCAAAGGGAGAAUCAGCAGACCUGUUUCUGGUUCUGGUUCUUCUGAUAGGAUGGUUCUUCAGGCUGUUUCCCCUGAGACCGUCGGAUCAACUGCUGUUGUUGCUUUGGUUUGCUCAUCACAUAUCAUAGUUUCCAACUGUGGUGAUUCAAGAGUGGUUUUACUCCGCGGCAAAGAAUCCAUGCCUUUAUCCGUUGAUCACAAACCUGAUAGAGAGGAUGAGUAUGCAAGAAUAGAGAAAGCUGGAGGGAAAGUUAUACAAUGGCAAGGCGCUCGUGUUUCUGGCGUUCUCGCAAUGUCUAGGUCCAUCGGUGAUGAAUACCUGGAGCCAUAUGUAAUACCAGUUCCUGAAGUGACGUUUAUGCCACGAGCUAGAGAAGACGAGUGUCUUAUAUUGGCCAGUGAUGGACUUUGGGACGUAAUGAGUAACCAAGAAGCUUGCGAGUUAGCUAGGAAACGGAUCUUGAUGUGGCACAAGAAGAAUGGAUCUUUGCCUUUAGCUGAGAGAGGUGUAGGGGAAGACCAUGCAUGCCAAGCCGCAGCUGCUUAUCUCUCGAAACUCGCUCUUCGAAAGGGAAGCAAAGACAAUGUCUCGAUCAUAGUGGUCGACUUGAAAGCUCAGAGAAAGUUCAAGACCAGAUCUUGAAACAAGUGGACGCUAGAGCUAGCUCUUACAACUUUAAAAAAGACUUAGGAACGAUUGAAGAGAUAAAAAGCCUUUCCUCUGCAGCAAUGGAACGACUCCGGUA